CAACGGGCGACUCGGCGAGCACGAAACGACGACUGUAGCAGUUGAUCAAGACUGAUCUCCGAUCUCCAUUUCAGCGGGCAAGUGUUCAAUGCUGUGUAAAAAUGGGGAUCAGUUCAUCAAUGAACCUACCGACCGGCUCCCAUGGCGGCGACAACCGGGAAGAUCAAGGCGGAAGCUUGCUCCAUGUCUCCCUCAAAAUUGAGGAUGCAAAGCUCUGCCUCAACCCCGAUCUCGUUCCUCACGUCUUCGGCUCCGUCCCACUCGCCGGCUCCUGGAACCCCUCUAAAGCGCUUCCAAUGGAGCGCGGAUCAACAACAGUUUGGCAAUUAAGCUUUGUCGUCCCGCCUAAUCACGAAACAAUGGAUUUCAAGUUCAUAUUGAAACCCAUGCAUGAUUCUGGGCCGUGUAUUGUGGAGGAGGGUGCCAACCACGUGCUUGUUGGGGGCAAGCUCCAAGGGGAAUGUCAGCUGGCAUCAUUUAAGUUUAGCAAGGAGGAAUUCAUGGAGUCCAAGGUGUAUACUAAAGUAGACUUAGUUUCUCCAUUUGAUCUUGCUGCAAGUUGGAGAGCUUUUCAUGAAAACCGCAGGCCUUCUACUGUUAGAGGGAUGCCCGAUGUUAUUAUCAAUUCGAGUACACAAGCUGGUAAUGAGAGCGGGUCUUCUGCAAAUGCAGAGCUUGAUAUCGAGAAUUAUGUUGUUCCGUCUCCGGCACCAUGGGAACACUCUGGACUGGUUUAUGCAGCUAACCUAACAGAGACUCCGAGAUCAUUGAAUGGUUCUGGGGAGAUGGAAGCGACAACUUCAGAUCCAGUCACUGAGCAUUCAAGUGCUGCCAUGGUUGAGUCAAAAUUUGAUAAAAUAUUGGCUUUACAAAAUAAUGAUAAUAAAAAUUGUACUUCUGUUGAUAGAGGUGUAGGGUCUCCCAGACUAGUUAAAUCACCACGUGCAACUAACUUCACUCUUGAUCCAAAUCUUAGUUUCGAAACAAAGAAUCCAAUGCCAGCUGCUGCUGGAGCUGUUGCAGCUGCUGCAAUUGCAGAUAGGAUGCUUGGACCUAAGGAGGAAAGACAUCUAGCAAUUGUCUUGGUUGGUUUGCCAGCUCGUGGCAAAACUUUUACUGCAGCUAAACUUACAAGGUAUCUUCGCUGGUUAGGACAUCAUACCAAGCACUUCAAUGUUGGGAAGUACCGGCGCCUGAAGCAUGGAACUAAUAAGUGGGCUGAUUUCUUUCGAGGUGACAACCCUGAAGGUUUGGAAGCGCGAAAUGAGGUAGCUGCCCUUGCUAUGGAAGAUAUGAUAGCCUGGAUGCAGGAAGGUGGGCAGGUCGGAGUAUUUGAUGCCACUAACAGCACUGGACAAAGAAGGAAUAUGCUUAUGAAAAUGGCCGAGGGGAGAUGUAAGAUAAUUUUCCUGGAGACAAUUUGCAAUGAUCCGGAAAUAAUAGAAAGGAACAUUCGUCUCAAAGUUCAACAAAGCCCAGACUAUGCUGAACAGCCAGAUUUUGAAGCAGGAUAUAGGGACUUCAAAAACCGUUUGGCUAAUUAUCAGAAAGUGUAUGAACCAGUUGAGGAAGGAUCUUAUAUCAAAUUGAUUGACAUGGUUAGUGGCAAAGGUGGGCAAAUACAAGUAAAUAAUAUUAGUGGUUAUCUUCCGGGACGGAUUGUAUUCUUCUUGGUAAAUAUGCAUUUGACACCCCGUCCAAUAUUGCUUACAAGACAUGGAGAAAGCGUAUACAAUGUCAGAGGCAGAAUAGGGGGUGAUACUGUGUUAAGUGAGGCUGGGGAGCUGUAUGCCAAGAAGCUUGCUAAUUUCAUGGAGAAACGGCUGAAAAAUGAGAGGGCUGCAUCUAUAUGGACUAGCACUUUGCAAAGAACGAUUUUGACAGCUGGCCCAAUCGCUGGAUUGCCUAAGAUACAAUGGCGUGCACUUGAUGAAAUAAAUGUUGGUGUAUGUGAUGGUAUGACCUAUGAAGAAGUAAAGAAGAAUAUGCCCGAAGAAUAUGAAUCACGGGAGAAGGACAAACUAAGGUACAGAUAUCCCCGAGGAGAAUCGUAUCUGGACGUUAUACAGAGACUAGAGCCUGUUAUCAUUGAACUGGAGCGUCAAAGAGCGCCUGUUGUGGUUAUAUCUCACCAGGCUGUCUUGAGAGCUUUAUACGCUUAUUUUGCUGAUAGGCCCCUCAAAGAAAUUCCAAACAUAGAGGUACCACUUCACACGAUAAUAGAGAUACAAAUGGGAGUCACUGGAGUCCAAGAGAAGAGAUACAAACUAAUGUAGCUCUGCUUAUUGUGUCUGUGGUUAGUUGAUGGUUUGGUGCUCUUAUUAUUAUGAGUCCGGUUAUGUUGAUACCAAAGCGCCAGUGUCAUAAUACGACAUAGUUCAUUGUGAGAGCUCUACGAUGCUUCGUUUGAAAGCUAAGUGAUUUUCACCUCUAAUCCCUACAAAUCCCAUCGAAUCUGCCCCUUGCCCCCUGCCCUGCCCCCUAUGGGUGAAAAUCAACUUAUCAAAUACUCAUUUGACAAGUGAGUCUAGGGGAUUUGUAGGGAUUAGAGGAUUGGGACUACUCCACUUCGAAACGAACGAAACAUUGUAGAACCUUCAGAUGGAUAUGGUGUCAUGAACGCGUAAAAAGAACCUUGGUGUAUUACGGAGUACUAAUAAUAAUACAUAAUAAUA